AUGAUUCAAACCCCUUUACAUCCUUCGGGGCUCGAACAGCACCAUGUACGACAUCACAACAACGUCACGUCGUUGAGACCAACGAGACCCUCCAAGUCUCCGCAGUCUGAAGAAGCCGAGCUCAAAGAGCAUUGCGACAACCCCGGACUGAGCAAAAUGCCAAAGCAGCCAACUCCCAGCUUCAUGUUCAUCCCCAUGUCGGCUGAGCCUGGGGCAAGGGCAAGGAUUCAGCCUGAGCUUCGAGCUUCUGCCAAAGCACAUGUGAUGCAUGAUUACCAGCGAAAGACGGCCCAGCAAAGAAACGCGAACUGGAAAAUGUCGACACCGACCACGUAUGCCCUUGCGCCAAAAAUGCCAUUGCCAACACUUCUAGUGCCGGAACCAGCUAUACAGCGUUUGGUGUUGCGCCAGCGAACAACGACUCGGAAGAAAGGAGGCCAGCCGAAGAGAAAUCCGCCAACUACAACGGCAGAGUUACCAUCUGCCGAUGAAUCUGGUCAAUCGCCCCAAGAAGCGCACACUUUGACACUGUCAGAGAGCGUGGUCUAUGCUCAUUUCAUCCCCUACAAUCCGCCCACAAUUCCUAGACAACCGCGUGGCGGCAACCUCAUGGAUGUCUUCUCCGCUCUGCCAGUCCAUGUCCAACCCUGGGACGAAACGUUGAUAACGCGAUGGCUCAACUACGAUCGUAUCCCUUGGUGCCCGGUCAACGGACAGUCCCAAUGGGUGCCCUUCAUUACCAAUUCUCCAAUGCUCCUGCACACAAACUUGUAUUGCUGGGGAAUGCAUUGGCACGGCAAACUGACCGGCGUCAGCCAAGACGUCUUUCUGUACCAGAACCCCCGGAUCCUAGAACAUAAAAUAGCCGCCAUCCAACUGAUGAAUGCGCACCUAGUGUCGGCAGCCUCUGUCACGGACGAGGCUCUCGCCGCAGUAUCCAUGUUCAUCAAUGUGUCGCUGCAAUUCCUGAACCGAGAUGAAGCUGCCAGGCAUAUGGCUGGCCUCGAGGCCUUGGUGACGCUCCGAGGAGGUCUCGCUGGCCUCUCCCGGAUGGGAACGGUCGGCGUCCUCUUACAACGAGUCAUAAGCUGGAACGAUCUCUUCUUUGUCGAACUUUACGGGGGACACCUCCGUUUCUCCCUCCUGCCCCGUUGGGAGGAGGCGUGGCAGUCGGUGUAUGCCCCUAUCGCCGACGAUCCGGUCACCCAUCUCGAACCGCUCCAGGCACGCUUUGCCGGGGAUCUCGCACAGGAAAUCACGACACUCCUACGCGAGAUCCAGAUCGUGUGCAACGAUGUGCAAGCACGCCCCCUGGCCGCGCUGACCACGGCGGAAAAGACCCUGCGGCACGACAAUCUUUUCCGCUUCGAACGGCGCCUGUGUCUUGCGACACGGAUCACGACGAUUCAAGAACAUGUGUACACGAAUCUCCAGACCGGCAGCGACCCCUUGUGGCGGACAGUUGCGUACGCCGCGUUGAUGUAUGUUCACCACCACAUCCGCGGACACGCCUUGCAUUGGUCACAGUUUCCGGCGCUGGUUGUGCAACUUCGCAACGAGUUGUCAUUCGUCCCAGCAGGAAGUUGGGAGGCGGUGCCGGCGCUGUACCUGUGGGUCCUUGCGGUGGGUAGCUGGGUGAGUCAGCGUGAGCCAUGGAUUGUGGCCCUGCUCGCAGGCGCCUGUCGAGCGCAAGGCCGUACGACUUGGGACGACUUCGACGGGAUACUGAAGCAGUGUGUGCACCUGGGGGGAGAAGACGAGGUGAAGUUCAGAAUCGUUUGGGAGGAUGUGAUCAGGUUGUUUUGA